CCCUCUCCCUGUUUGUGAGAGAAGAAGAAGGGGUCUCGCGAAGCCUCCAUUUCCGAUUUCAGAUCCCUGCGUCCAUAUCGUAGUCUCGACGGAGAGAGCGAACUGUAAAUAGGCCCUGAAUUUUGGCCGGAGAUGGAGAUAUCAACGGUGUCGGCGACGUCGUCGUCGUCGGAGUUCGUCAGGUGGGAAGAGGUGUACUCUUCGAGCGACAAAGGGAGGCGAGAAGUUCACUACUAUCUGAAGCGAAUGGACGGCACAUCAGAUCUGGCCGUCGUGGGCAAAGAGAAGAGUUCUAGGCACAUGUCCUAUCGCUAUGCUUGUCGCGACCGCUCUGUCCUCCCGGUUCAGGCGUCGUUCCUGUCCAAGCUCAGAUCUCGAAGCGAGGUUGUUGAUUGGUUGAACUCCGUUGUCACAGAUUCACAUCCUCAUCAGUCACUCCAAGCUAUUGGUGGUUCCUUUGGUAGCAAAAAUACUGGGGAGUUUGACAUGGAAACUUUAAGGGAUGUUCAAUUAAGGAAGCUGGGCCAUUGUACUAAAGAGUUUUUGUGGUUAGGUGCUUCAUGGACUUGCAGGAAAAGGCGGAGGCAUUAUUGGUCAUUUUGUCGGAAUGGUGUAAAGAUAUCUGUUCAUGACUUUGUUUUUGUCUUGGCUGAAGAAGACAAACGACUUGUUGCUUAUUUAGAGGAUAUGUAUGAGGACUAUAGAGGCAACAAGAUGGUUGUGGUACGAUGGUUUCACAAAGUUGAUGAGGUUGGUAUUGUUUUGCCUGAGAACUAUAAUGACAGAGAGAUUUUCUUUUCUCUUUGUCUUCAAGAUCUCAGCAUUGAAUGCAUAGAUGGAUUGGCAACUGUUCUCAGUCCCCAGCACUACAAGAAAUUUCUGAGUGCAGCUAAAGACACCCAGUUGGAGCCAUUUGUUUGCUGCAGACAAUUCGACAAUGAUGAUAUUAAGCCUUUUGACAUCACUCAGGUAAAAGAUUAUUGGAAACAAGAAAUACUCAGAUAUAUGUUCACUGCUCCCCCUUCAAAAGAUCAUGUGAAGUCUCAGCCAUCUGAGCAUGGUCUGACGGCAGAAAGAAAUUUUAGUAUUGGCAUUAGAUGUAGACCCAAGAAGAGACUUCGAAAGUCAAAAGAUGGUGAAUCAUACUUUCUUUCUGAUGACAAACAAGAGCAUCUGGCCCCUUGUUUGGAUGAUGGUUGGGCUGGCUUAAGGGGUGGGAUUGAUACUAGCGGUCAAAAAGAUGGUGCAUUUAUGCCUGGAAAACAGGUUAUGCAAAAGCCUUCUCAGCAUUUAACUAUAGGUUCUCAAGUUGAAGUGCUGUCACAAGACAGUGGCCUCAGAGGAUGUUGGUUUAGAGCCCUAAUAAUCAAGAAGCAUAAGGAUAAAGUCAAGGUGCGGUAUCAAGACAUAAAGGAUGCUGCUGAUGAAACUAACAAUCUCGAGGAGUGGCUUUUGGCAUCAAGGGUUGCAGUUGCUGAUCCACUGGGACUCCGGUUGUGUGGUAGGCCAACUAUUAGGCCAACCCCAAAAUCCAAUAAGGUCGAAGUUCCAUUUGUUGUAAAUGUUGGGGCAGUUGUGGAUGUCUGGUGGCAUGAAGGAUGGUGGGAGGGAAUUGUAAUAAAGAAAGAAACUCCAGAUCAAAUUUGUGUUUAUUUCCCAGGAGAAAAACAAGAAUCAACCUUUGGUAGUCAUGACCUGAGACAUUCUGAAGAAUGGCUGGGAAAUGGGUGGGAACAUGUGAAGGAAAGACCAGAUCUUAUUAUCUCCAUAUUGUCUGAUCUUGAAACAAAACAGAAAAUGGUUAAACCUUGUGAUGUUGAACUGGAAGAAGUUGCGAUAGGACAACGGGGGCAUAUUCCCAGUCCCAUUAGUAAAGGUAGCUUUUCAGUGAAGGAUGAAGUUGGAAGGCGCACAUGCCACAUGCUCUCUGUGGAGGACAAACCAAAAGGGUUAGAAAUUGUUCGUGAUCUUUCAAAAGACACAUUACUUACUCGGUUGAAGUGGAAGUCAUCAAGGAAGAGAAGGCGUGUAAACUCUGUUCAGAAGCUUCACUAUCUUGGUGAUGAAAAGAAAAGCAGUCCAGAGGCUGUAGGAUCACGUACUCUCAGUAGCAUCUUUAUCUCCAAUACCCUGAAAGUUGAUCAUGACAACUGCAAGUACAUGGGGGAUUCUCCUUUCAGUUCAUCAGUUGUUGCUCCUCUAACUAACUUGGUUAUGUCUAGGUGAUGGCAUUCUCAACCGGUAUAACCUAUUUGCAGCAUUUUUCUUUAUGGAUACAGUCGACGGUUCAAAAUGCUUGCUCAGUUUUAGAUGUACAUGUAUCGCUGCAUCAAUUGAUGCUGCUUUAGGUUAGGAUUUAGUGACUAACGAAUGUUAGUGAUCAGAAGCGACAUUACAGUCCGCCCUCAUGUAUGGAAAUGUAACAGUAGCCUGAGUUGCCAAAUGCCCCGCCCUGGGGCAUCAGUUUUGAAUGCAAUAUAUAAAUCUCAUUUUGGAUCCCA